AAGCUAUCACUUGCGAAGGGGGAUAAUUCCAAAUGACUUCUGCACAAUGUUAGAAGAGAAAAUGUUUUACUGGAAAGAAAGUUCGUUUUCUUCCGAAGGUGCCAUAAUCUAGCUGCAACCAGUGGAUAAAAAUGAAUGAUAAAAGACCUGAGAGGAAUGAUUUUUUUUAUUCAUUCCUGACUGGAGACUUGAUAGAAAUUCCAGAAAAAGCAAGGCUUGGUAGAUGUCGAAGUGUUACAGAUUUUGAAAAGCUGAAUCGAGUUGGAGAAGGGACAUAUGGCAUUGUUUAUCGUGCACGAGACAUAAGGUCUGAUGCAAUUGUUGCAUUGAAAAAGAUGCGGAUGGAAAGAGAACGUGAUGGAAUCCCUAUCAGUGGUCUUCGAGAAAUUAAUAUACUUCUAAAUCUACGCCAUGAAAACAUAGUUGAACUACAAGAAGUGGUUGUUGGUAAAAGUCUUGACAGUAUAUUUCUAGUGAUGGAAUAUUGUGAACAAGAUCUUGCCUCUCUGCUUGAUAAUAUGCAAGCUCCUUUUUCAGAAGCACAGGUGAAAUCUAUAAUGCUUCAAGUUUUUAAAGGACUUCAGUAUUUGCAUGAAAACUGUAUUAUCCAUCGAGACCUUAAAGUUUCUAAUCUUCUUAUGACUGAUGAAGGUUGUGUAAAAAUAGCUGAUUUUGGACUCACUCGGAAAUAUUGUAUGCCUAUGAAACCAAUGACUCCAAAAGUCGUUACCUUAUGGUACCGUGCCCCAGAAUUAUUGUUUGGCUCAAAAACUCAAACAACAGCCAUUGAUAUGUGGUCAGUUGGCUGUAUUUUUGGUGAGUUGCUUGCACACCGACCUCUAUUGCCUGGAAGAGGAGAAAUUCAUCAAAUAGAACUUAUCAUUGAGAUGUUUGGAACACCAAAUGAUGCCAUCUGGCCAGGAAUGUCCAAAUUGCCAGCUCUUGAACAUUUUACUUUAAAAAAUCAACCUUACAACAAUUUGCGUCAUACUUAUCCAUGGCUCUCUGAAGCAGGUAUACGUCUUUUGAAUUUCUUGUUCAUGUAUGACCCAAAUAAGAGGGCCACUGCUGAAGAUUGCCUUGAAAGUUCUUACUUCAAAGAACAGCCAUACCCGUGUGAUCCAGGCAUGAUGCCAUCAUUUCCACAGCACCGUCUGAAGAGAAGAGCUGCACCUAGAAAAAUUGAAGAGAAGAGGAAAGCGGAAUCUUCUUUUUCAGAUUUUAAAGUAUCUAGUUCAAAAAUUAUUAACAAAAAACGCAAACAGUAGGAACCCAACACUAAAUGCAAUACAUUUCAUGUAGUACCAAUCUUUAUGUCAAAACUAAAUAAUGUUUUCUUCAAAGAAGACAUGGGAAAUAUUUAUUGCUACCAUACCAGAUCUGAUGUCUGAAUUUAGUGCUCAUUUUGUUUGUCAAAGAACUGGAGCUGAGUAGAAACUAAAACAAUUACUUCGUGGAAUAGACAUAUUAGCCAUUUAAGAACAAAACUAUAACAGUUUUUGUAUAUUCUUAAAUGGUUAAAUUGAUUUUUUUCCCCACAGUGUAAUUGUAAAUUGAAAGUUUGUAAUAUUGAGUUAUUUUCAAGGCAGCGAGCUAGCAGAAACGUUAGCACGCCAGGCGAAAUGCUUAGUAGUAUUUCGUCUGCCGUUAUGUUCUGAGGUCGACUUUGCCUUUCAUCCUUUCGAGGUCGAUUAAAUAAGUACCAGUUACAUACUGGAGUCAAUGUAAUCGAAUUAAUACCUUUGUCAGUCAUUGUUUGUCCCCUCUAUGUUUAGCCCCCUGUGGGCAAUAAAGAAAUAAAUAUUGAGAUAUUUUCAUGUGGAAACAUUCACUCACUAUU